CCUACAUUGGAUCAGUUGAUAGACAUAUUCUGGAUCUCAGCAUGUCGAGUAAGUUAAAUUUAUGUGGAGUAUGCGACUACCGCCACAUUAGCAAAACAUCAGUGUUCUGGUGUUCAGAAUGCGAUGAAGGACUCUGUGAGGAGUGUAAAGACCAUCAUGCAGCUUCCAAAGGGACUAGAGGCCAUAUUAUUGUUCUACAAACCGAUUACCAAAGUUUACCUUCUUAUAUAUUGGAAAUUACUCAAACAUGUCCAAAGCACAAUGAAAAAUACCAAAUAUUUUGUAGGAAGCAUGAUACACCAUGUUGUAGACGAUGUGUUGUUGAAACACAUAACGAUUGCAAAGAUUUAAACGCGAUAGAGGAUGUCAUUAAGAAUGUAAAAUCAUCAAAUGCAUUUUUAGAGAUUGAACAAAUGUUGAAAGAACUUUCAGAAAAUUUGCAGAGAAUAAGAAAAGAUCGACAAGAAAACAUUACAAGUUUAAAGGAGGACAGGACAAAAAUAGAAAAAGAAGUUCAGCAGACACGAACAGUGAUUAAUAAUCAUCUUGAUAGGCUACAGGAAAAUUUAACGAAAGAGUUAUACGCCGUUGAGGAAAAGGAAAACAAAAGCAUCACAAACAUAAUAUCAUCAAUACAAGAGAAGGAAUUAGAGAUUACUGAAAGUCAAUCCAUCCUAGAUGAAAUAAAACAGCAUGCGUCAGAACUCCAGACUUUCUUAGCUAUGAAACACAUCCAAUGCGAUGUCAUGAACCACGAAAUUUUUCUAGAAUCCUUAAUAAAAGGAGAGAAAAUGAAUCAUAUUUUCAUUACUUGGAAAAACGAAAAUGAUGUGGAAACCAUCCCUACCACAGUCAAUAGAAUGGGAACCGUUAUCUUGGAAACAAGGCCAGGGAAUGCAACAUUAACAAACAGGAAGAACAAACAAGCGCAGAUAAUGAUGCAUACCUCACCUGUUCCUACGAUUGAUGAUAUAAAUCUUACUUUAGGACAGACCGUGAAAACAAUUGGUGGUGAUAUCAAAAGUUGUUGCUUAUUACCUGAUGGAAGAAUGAUUUUUUCCUGCUAUACAAGUAACAAAAUUCACGUGUUCAAAUCUAACGGCACUUUGGAUUUUACAUUUGAGACAGGAUCCCCAACAUCUCAUAUCUACUUUAUCGAACAAGGUCAAAAACUUGCCGUAACAACUGGGUUUUACAACCAAUGCAUUAAAAUUAUCGACAUGAAAAACAUAAAAAAUGAGAAAUCAAUCUUAAUUGGAUCACAGAUUUAUGGAAUAGUUCACAAAGACGGAAAAUUAUUCUAUAAUGGAGGUAAUUGUGGAUUAUGUGUUGUGAAUUUAGAAGACGGCUCUGUUACACAGUUAGUUUGUGUUCCAUUGUCCGAAUAUAGCAGCAUUGCCAUGUUGUCAAGUCAUAUUUAUUUCAUAGGCAAGGAUAAUUCAGUAUCAUGUUGUGAUCUUCAAGGGACAUUGCAAUGGAAAUUAGAACUUAAAGGAUUUAUUGAAAGCGCUCGAGGUAUUACAGUUGACAAUUACGGUCGGGUAUACGUAUCUGGCUAUUCCACUUGCAAUGUCAUUGUAAUUUCACCAGACGGAACCAAGCACAGAUUGUUGCUGUCAAAGACAGAUGGUCUUCAUUUACCACAAUCUGUGUACUUCGAUCGAACAAAUAACCACUUACUUAUUGCGAACCGUCGAAAGGAUGCAUUUCUCUUUGACAUUUCAAAAUGAAUUGAUACAACAUCACCUUGGUCACUGAGAUAAACCUUUCUCUAACACUAGUUAAUACGUUUGUAAUGAAAAAUAUUUGAAUGUGCGGUUUUUUUUCCUACUAAAUUAAACAAUCCAAAUUUUUGGACAAAAAAAUUAUACUCAAAUAAAAUUAUGAAUUUUAAA